UCAUUCAAAUGAGGAGUCUCAUAAAAUUCACUUUUUUAAAUCGUAUCUCUAUCAACACUGAAUCGUAGAGGUGUCCAUAAAAAGUACAUUGCACCGUUGAUUGUUUGCUAAUAAAAAAAUUAAAACAGGCACUCGUUUGCUAUUUAUUUCACUGGAAUUACUAUUUACAAUUAUAACAAUAGAUUGCAUUGAUAAAAGGUCAAUGUUUCUUUUGGAUAGCAAAAAAUGAGAAAGAGGUUAUAAUGGCAAAAGGUAAACAUAAAGUUAUACAUCUCCAUAGUGAUUAAAGUUGUGUGUUGAGGUUAAACAUUGAAAUGUAUAAAACGCAAAGAAAGGAUACAGAAGAUAGAAACAAUUUAUUUAAUAGUACGUCCAAUAUUGUCUUCGCGGAUCAUCAGAUAGCUCGUUUUUUAACAAAUGGCAUUUUAUUUCAACUAUUUUAUUUUCGGACAUUCUCAUGUAUUGAAAGAAUAGGAUAUGUUGAACUACAUAAGUACCUUUUCUGGACAUUUUAACCGAUCUUCUUUACAUUUUAUUUUAUUAUUUACUUUACUAAUUGUAUUUGUUAAUUUUGUACAUGCCACCUACGAUUGUGAUCGUACCAAUUGUAUCCAUGGUAUCUGUUGGUCUGAAUUGUCCAACUCUUCAUCAAAACCGUCUGAACUUUCAAAAGAUUUCAAAUCAUGUUACUGUGACAAUGGAUUCACAGGAUAUCAAUGCUCAAUCAAUUAUGAUGACUGUUUGCUAAACCAGUGUCGUAAUGGCGGAAAGUGUAUUGAUAAAGUAGCUGGUUUCGAUUGUGUCUGUCCACCAGGAUUCACAGGGCAACUUUGUCAAACUGAAAUUAAUGAAUGUUUAUCGUCUCCAUGUUUAUCUGGUGGGUCGUGUGUUGACAGGGUGAAUGGAUUUCAUUGCUUGUGUCCACCAGGAUUUUCAGGUGCAUAUUGCGAGAUAGAUAAAACAGUUUGCAAUGAAACCGAAAAGGAAACAAAAUGUUUGAACGGUGGACAAUGCUUAGAGGGUCCUGGCUUGGAGUUUAAGUGUCAUUGCUUAAAUGGAUUCAAAGGUGACCGUUGUCAAACCAUAAUUAAUCAAUGUGACCCUAAUCCUUGUUUCAACGGAACUCGAUGUAUCAGUCAGAUUGGUGACUUCAGCUGUGUUUGUCCAUCAGAUCGAACUGGUAAACUGUGUGAAAGUCUUUUGGUUCCAUGUGAAGUGAAUGACUGUCAACAUGGUGCUGUUUGUUUGGCUACUUCAACCUCUCCUCAAACCAGGCAAUGCUAUUGUGUCCCUGGUUUUUAUGGGAUCAAUUGUGAGAGACAUUUUAAUGAGUGUAUGCCAGCAAUCAAUGUUUGUGCCAACGAUGGACUCUGUAUUGAAGGACCAACCAACUAUUCAUGUUCCUGUUUAAACGGCUUCAAAGGGAAACACUGUGAAAUAAGCUGUUCCACUGACUCACAAUCAACACCUGAUCCUCGUUGCUCCGAUUUAACAACAUCCACAACAGAAAAUCUUUUUCCAUAUCAGAGUAGCUCUAAUCCUAUGAUUGAACCUUCUAUGACACUUGAAUAUCCUGAAGGUUUGAAAAAAUCAACAGAACCUUUAACUGAGGCAUCUUCAAUUAGUAUGGCACCAGAAAAUAGAAAUCAAUUUAUCGGUUCAAUCGCAAAAUCUUUCGACCAGAAUGAAAUGACAAUUGCUUAUGAUUCAACCAUUUCUAUAUCGCCUUCUCCAACUAGUUUUUCACUACAUAUCGGAUCUAUCUCGACUCCAUUGAACAAUUUUUCUUUUUUUCUUCCACCAAGCUCUAAUCUUAAUGAAGAGGACCCAUCAGCGUUGGAAACAAAAGAUGCCAUUGAUCUUGCAACAAUUUUUAGUCCAAAGUUUAAUGGAAGAUCAUCUUACAUGAUUGUUACCACUGAUGAAGAACGCUAUAUCUCCAGUUUAACCAUCAAUUUAUCUUUCUCGACUCUCUCUCCCAACGGAACUUUACUUUCAACUCAAUCAGUUUCUGAUUCAAGAUAUUUUAUAAUAAUUUAUUUGAAAAAUUAUCGACUCAAAGUUAGCUUUUCUUGUAACUCUCAAGAAAUGGAUUUGAUGGAAUUUCCUCGGGAACUUAACCAAUCAACACUUUACCCUCUAACAUUUCAAUUGGUUUUACAAAAUAACUCAUGCACUGCUCGUUUAACCUUAAAUCACAAUUAUACAAUUAUUGAUGGUCAGAGUGUUUCUUACGGAUCUUCACGGAUUCCUCUUUGGCCAUGUUUCCGAGAUUUUUAUUUAGGACAAACUAAUUCUCGGUUAAGGUCACUUUCCUUCAUUGAUAAUGGCAAUUAUACUUUCAAAGGUUGUUUGCAAGAUAUAAACAUUGAUGGUGUUCGUUUGAUCAAACGAAUGGUCGAUAUUGAAGAAUGCUCAGCUAAUACAGUUUGCUUGAAUAAUCCAUGUAAUGGCCGUGGUCAAUGUCUACAAUCGUCAAGUAAUUGGUCUUGUUUAUGUUCACCCGGUUACUCUGGCCGAAGAUGUCACUUAGCUGAUUGCUCUCCUAAUCCGUGCCAAAAUGAUGGAUUAUGUUUAGCAACAAGCUCAUUUGAAUUUAAUUGUUUAUGUAACAAUGGUUGGUUCGGGGAAUAUUGUCAAUUAGAUUUCAACAAUAGCCUUCCAGCGUUUGGUUACAAAGAUACUGGAUCUUCUAGUUCAUACAUGAUUUACGGACUUCUUAACCAAACAUCACAUUUUGAAUUGAGAUUUAGGUUUAUGACUACCGAUGCCAAUCAAAAUAAUUCACUCAUACUUUUCUUGGGCAAUACAAAUAAUAUUAAACUUAAAGGUCGACCCACAGAUUUUCUCAGCCUAUCACUUCUUGACGAUAUGGUUGUUUAUCAAAUUAACAUGGGCCAAGGAACUAAAGUAAUGGUCGGAAAAAUGAACAAUACAAAAGUUCACGCUAUUUAUAUUGGCCAACACCGUCAAUUAGCCUGGUUAGUGGUUGAUGGUUUGAAAAGAGAUCUUGAGGUUGUUCAAACUAGAUAUAAUAGACUCAAUGUUGAACCUUAUUUGUAUGUUGGUAAUCAUAAGGCAUCACCUUUAAGAACUUUCACAACCUUUCGCGGUAAGUUUACCUAAUUUGAUGUUUCAUCUUAUCUAUUGGCUUGAUUGAAGUCUAAUAUGAAUUUAUUUUUACUCCAUUGAUUCUUUCAGGUUGUGUUUUUGAUAUAGAAGCCAGAAAUGAUCCAAAAUCAUCAUUUGUUCCAUUAGAUAAUAUCCUAUGGAGCUCCAAUGUGCUUGAAUGUCUGGACGUACAUCGAUGCAGAAAAGGAUAGCUACGAUUGUUUACAGU